GAGAGAAAAUCUUUGUUGAACAGAUAAACCCCGUCCUGUCCUCACUGUGUCUCCAUCAUGGCUGAGUCCUGGAGCCUCAGUAACUCUGAACUGUGAGGUUGAACAUCCGUCUGCAGGAUGGAGCUUCUACUGGUAUAAAGCUGUUCCUGAUCUAUCAGAGAAAUCCUCCAGUUAUGAGCUGCUACCUGAUGGCAGUGGGACUGCACAGGACUCCUACAUCAUUCAUGGACAGACACACACAGCAGGAUAUGUGUGCAGAGCUGGAAGAGGAGACCCAGAGUAUCACACUGAUCACAGUCAACCAAAGUUUGUCUGGUCUGCAGAUGUUCAUUCAGCAGCGUCUCUCACAGUGAGUCCUGACAGAGUGCAACACUUCACCUCUGACUCUGUCUCACUGACCUGUGAGGGAAACUUCACUGAGUGGAGAGUGAGGAAGUUCUCUGAGGACGGCCGACUCUCUGACUGUAGGAGAAUGACUGGAUCCACAUGUAACAUCAACACAUCAGAGUCAGAUACUGGAGUGUACUGGUGUGAGUCUGGAUCAGGAGAGUUCAGCAGUGCAGUCAACAUCACUGUACAGAAUGAUGGUAAUGGUCCUAUCCUGGUGAGUCCUGUUCAUCCUGUGACUGAGGGAGCUUCUGUUAGUCUGAGCUGCAGUUUGAAAACACAAAAAAUACUUUCCAAUGUGUUUUUCUAUCACAAUGACAAACUUAUUCAAAAUGAUCCCCGAGGGGAGCUGAACAUCUCUGCAGUGUCAAAGUCUGAUGAAGGUUUCUACAAGUGUCAGUACUCAGGAAGAGAGUCAGCACAGAGCUGGAUGUCAGUUAAAGAUGAUGGUAAUGGUCCUAUCCUGGUGAGUCCUGUUCAUCCUGUGACUGAGGGAGCUUCUGUUAGUCUGAGCUGCAGUUUGAGAACACAAAAAAUACUUUCCAAUGUGUUUUUCUAUCACAAUGACAAACUUAUUCAAAAUGAUACCCGAGGGGAGCUGAAGAUCUCUGCAGUGUCAAAGUCUGAUGAAGGUUUCUACAAGUGUCAGUACUCAGGAAGAGAGUCAGCACAGAGCUGGAUGUCAGUUAAAGUAACUGGACCCAGUUCAUCUCCUGUGUGGUUGAUGGUUGGACUGGUUUGUGGAGUCUCUCUCAUUAUUAUUCUCCUGCUCUUGUUGUAUCGCUGCAGACAGUCCAAGUGUAAGAGCCUCUUCUUUUCAUGCUGUAUUAGAGAGUUUAUUUACUACAUACACUUUAAUUAUUCACACAUAUACAUGUAUUCUGAUCUCAUGACACAAAAUAUCAGUGGAACAAUUUAUACAUGACAAACAUGUGUAAUAACAUUUGUCUCUU